CAAAGAGCGGAUACGUUUAGAACAGAACAGGAAAGAUAGAAACAGACACAAAACCAGUGAGUUAUGUAAACCUUUCCAAGAUGAUAUUACUAUUAGUCAGUCUUUUCCUUGGGAAUAGUCCUUCAUUUACAUUUUCAGCAUCAUCCGAACCGAAAAUAAACUGCCUUAUCAUAAAUCUGGACUAUGUUAACUGCACAUGGAGUGAGCUUGGGCUCAAGUACAAUUACAGUUUCAAGAGCAGGUUUUUGCAUCACGAAAUUCUGGAUUGUUCUACAUAUCACAAGAUUAACAGUGUUAAUGUGGGCUGCGCGUUUCCCUAUCCCGAAAAAGGACGUUUUAAUUCGUUGAACACAUGGCUGUACAGUGACAACGGCAGUUUGGUGACAGAGCAGAACCAUUCUCUAAAAGAAUAUGUGAAGCUUAACCCUCCGUUCAACCUGUCUCUGGUGGAGAGAAAAGAUACUGAACUGUGGCUGUACUGGAAUGUCACCAAUGAUGACAGCUGUAUUGAGAGUGAAGUUCGUCACAGGACAGACAACAACUGGAAGAACACCUCUCCGGGCAGCAGGAGUUCCUUCGUUUUGUCUUUUCCCUCCAAAAAACGGUAUGAGUUCCAGGUCAGGGCUCGAAUCUCAUCAUCCUGCGGAGAGUCCAAGUUUUGGAGCGACUGGAGUGAGUCUGUGUACAAGACCAACGACACAGAGAGUCUGGCUCCCAUGUCUGUGACGACACUGGUGCUGUAUACAGUGGGAGGCGCAAUAAUACUCGUCAUACUCGCCUGCUUGCUGGUCCAAAGUGAGAGAUUAAGAAUAAUUUUAAUACCAGUGGUACCAAAUGCAGGACGAAAUGUAAGCCAAUACCUUGCAUCCCUUUUUGACAAUUAUGAUGGCAAUAUAGAGAAAUGGCUGUCCAUGCCUAAAGAUCUGGAGAACGGCUUCAAACCCAAUUUCACAGAGCGUGCCUGUCCUGUGCGCGAGUACAGAAUGGUGUCCCAGUCCAGCAGUGACAGUGAAAGCAUCCUCUCAAACCCAACAGACCUGUCGUCAGAUUACCAAUCCAUGCAUAGCUAUUCAUCAGCCUCCACCAUACCUGGACCUGCUGAAGCCCUACCAACCCAGGACCCAUCUCAAGUGGAUAACCCAGUAUCUGUCUUAAUCUGACUGAGGCA